AUGCUCUGUCGCCCUCGCCCCCUUCAUCAUCUUCCCACGCAUAUCUCCCUCUAUCCGCCUCAUCUUCGCCACACGCGAACAUGGCAUUCCCCAUCCGCACCCUCCCUUCACCGCUCACCUCCCCAAAACCACUACCGCCGCCGUCAUGACCCGAGCCACAGCCAGCGCUGCCGCGUCUUCUUCAGCACCACCCCCCUCCACCGCCAACAUCAGGAGCAGCCACAAAACCACUACGAAGUCCUCGGCGUCGACCCCAGCAUCACGCCUCCCGAGCUCAAAAAGCGUUUCUACGCCCUCUCCCGCUCCCACCACCCGGACCUCCACCCCUCAGACCCCACCGCCGUGCAGCGCUUCCAGCAGAUCUCCGAGUCCUACUCCACGCUCGCCGACCCGAGUAAGCGCGCGCGCUACGAUCGGGAUGUGAUGCGCACGUCCCGCCACGCCGGUGCCCAUCAGCAGCAGCAGCAGCAGCAGCAGCGCGGAGGCACCUACGCAGGUAGCCGCGCGCCGACGGGGCUCAGCAAGAGGCAGAGCGCCUUCCGCGGCCCGCCGCCCAGCUACUUCCGGCAGGGCGGCGGCGGGAGCUACGACCCGCACGUGAACCCGCACGCGCGCGGCGCCACGGCGGGGGAGGCCACGGGUGCGAACGCGGGUGCGGGCGCCAGAGGUGGCGGCGUGUGGGGGGAUCCGAACGAGUUCGACAGCCGGGGCGUGCAUCGCACGCAGUCGCAUGAAGACCGCAAGAGGAAUGCGCGGAGGGCGCGGGCCAUGGCCCAGGCCCAGGCUUUGGCGGAGGAGGAUGGGGACUUUUGGGCCCGGUUCGUCAUCGUGAGCUGUGUGCUGUUGGCGGGCAUCACGAUUGCGUCUCUGGUGGUGAACGCUUCUAGCUCGGGGAAGAACGCGGGAGGUAUGGUCAGGGCGGAUGGAAGUAGACGAGAGAAGAAAGCACCAUGA